GGCGGUGGGUGCUGACGUCGGUUCCGGUGGAGGGGGGGUGUUUGUUGGUGUUGUUCCCGGAUGUGUAGCGGUUUUUGUUACUGAGUUGAUAGUGAUCUUAUUUCAGAAUUUACUCUCAGAUAAUCUUCUCCCACCCCUAGGAUGGUGAUGAUGCACAAGAUCACUCUGAUAGAGGAAUAAGGGAAGACUGCUUGGUUCAGUAGGAAGAUGGCUGAAGACCCACAGAGAAACUUCCGUUCCCACUAUUAUGAAAAAGUUGGGUUUCGUGGUGUUGAAGAAAAGAAGUCCCUUGAGAUUCUGCUAAAGGAUGAUCCAUUAGAUGUUGAGAAGCUCUGCACUUUUGCUCAACGUUAUCCUCUUCCCUCCAUGUAUCGCGUCCUUGUUUGGAAAGUAUUGCUUGGUAUUCUUCCUCCUCACUAUGAAUCUCACUCUGCUGUAUUGACGUUUCGGAAAGAACAGUAUCAGGAUUUGUUGCAAGCAUUACAAGUUAUUCGGUUUGUUCAAGAUUCCACCCCACAAGUUUGGGUUUACCUCAGAAUGUACCAACUAGAGUCUGGAACACUGCCACGUCGUGCAUCUCAGUCACUGGAACCAGAAGAUGUAGUUUUUAUUGCAAUAGCAGAAGCAAUGGAAGAAAUGGUGGAAAAUGACGUUGAUGCCUACUGGCUAGUCAAAUAUUUUGUGAACCAGUUCAAUAAUAAAUACAGCGAUUCAGUAGCUCACUUGCAGCCAAAGAGCCUUGAACAUUACCUGAAUCUGGAAGACAGCAAACUUCUCACCCAUCUUAAGACCUGCUUGGCUAUGAAUAAACUCCCAUAUGACUUGUGGUUCAUGCAUUGUUUUGCAGGCUGUUUGCCUGAAUCCAGCCUUCAAAGGGUUUGGGACAAAAUCAUAAGUGGAUCUUGCAAAAUUUUGGUUUUUGUAGCCAUGGAGAUUUUAUUAACUUUUAAAAUUAAGCUAAUGGCCAUGAAUAAAGCAGAGAAUAUUGCACAGUUCUUGCAGAAUAUUCCACAGGAGAAUACAGAUGCCAUCAUCAGCAAGGCCAUUGACCUAUGGCACAAGUAUGUUGGAACUCCUGUGCACUCUGUGUAAUUAAAACUGAAUGAAAUUAAUGUAAUAAUAAAUCUUCUAUUUAAUAAUUUAUUAAAAUAAUUUUGCACAAAACUGAGUAAUAGAUUUUAAGUGACAAAGACAAUGAUGUAGCAAAAGCAAAACACUGAACAUUAGACUUCAGAAAUAAAAGCAGAAACUGCUAUAACUGUUCAGGUCUGGCAACAAAUGUAGACAGAGAAAUUGGAGGAGCAAGACAACCCCCGACCCCAAAGGCCAGAGGAUCUUCCCCGAAUCUGGCUUCAAUGUGAAAAUACAAUCGUUUUCUUAAUCUUAAACUCAGAUCAAAAGAGAGAUCAGUGACACUCUGAUUUUCUGCAAAAUGUUGUAUUUUUAUAUAUUUUAUGUUACAAUGAUCAUACACAACAUGGUUACUGUACUCUCCCCUUCCCUUCUGUGGGGCCAAUCUUGUUAAACCCCUGAUCAAUGGUGGGCAUUCCUAUAGAUAACCCUAUGUUCUUAGUUGUUUAUGAUACUCAACAGUUAUUGUAAUCUCUAGGUCUUGGGAUCUUGCUGUGUUGCAUUCCAAAGUUACUGGCUGUUGUCUAUUAGUCAUGCUUUUCUCUAAGGGUUGAUUGAAUUCUAUUAUCAUUGUACUUGCUAUCUCUUACCAAAUUCCAUUAUCCAUUUUUAUAUU